AUGAAUCCGGCCAGAUCUCCACGACCUGGUCGUCCACCCAGUCGCGCCCAAUCCUACAAAGCAAACGAUGACAACAACCACGUAAACGCGGCAGGCGCAUCGAAAGAAAACAAGACAAUCAGCGAACCCUCGGCGUCAUCGCUCGGACAAGCCCACACAGGGGCCGUCGUACACGAUGCCGCGAGUCUGGAAGCUAUGAGGAUCAAGAUGGCUUCAGCCCUGGAGAAGAAACAGCAAUUGAUGGCAACCGCGCACGUCAAUAAUGCCAGCAACAAAGCCAGAGAACGUGGCGGCACCGAACAGUCGCCAGCUGUAUCUCAGGCUGACUUGUCUUCGGGGGACGAGUCUGUCGUCUCAGGCACGAUGUCUACGGACUCAGCACGUACCAUCAGGCCGUCCGCCAACGUGACACCCGGCUCCAUCAGGACGCCCUCUUACCCGUUCCCGCGCAUGCAAAUGAAGCUCAGCCGAGGCUUCAGUCACCGGUCAGGGCCAAUGCAUAAACCCUUCACUCUACUGUCGCCUACAAACGAGCCUGUGGACAACAUCUCCGCUUUCGCGAUGCACCCCGACACCCGUUCAUCAGCCGAUACUGAUACUCCCACCGGACGUACGUCAAACAUCAACCAGAUGUAUAAAGACACGACAUAUCAAAUGCCUGACCUUUCUGAGAUCAUCUUAGCGUUGAACGCUGAGCCUGGAUUAGACAUGUGGUGGGCCAACGUUUGUGAGAUCUUGUCUGAAAUAUACGGAGCCGAUCGAGCUUCAUUGGCACUGCCGGGGGAUAUCACUGACCUGGAGAAUGUGCCCUGGGGUCAGAAGGCCACCUUUAAUCUAGCUGGGAGCGACGCAUCUGGGAUGUCGGCACUUGACUCGUUAGGCACAUCUGAAAUGGAUUUCAGGACCGCGCAUGGUGGUAGGGAGGAUACAUCUUCUGAUCUAGCUUCCCUUUCUGCGCGGCGGCCGGCUCUGCAAAGUCGACAUUCAAUCGCUGGUCCCCUGCCAGAUAUUGCGAGUCGCGCCCGCCAUCGUCCUGCGGGCCCCUUGCGGUCGAACAGUAGCAUGGACCCCCAGACGGGUGAGCAGCAGCCCUCAGCAACGGCAGCAACAGCAACAACCACAACGGCAGCACCCAGAUUGACCCGACAGGCGCCUACGCCCCGGACUCAGUCUACGCUUGACGUCCCGUCGUCCGCACCCACAGAUCUAGCGUCAGGCGAAGACAGAGCUAGAUGCCUUGUAUUCAGGGCCCUACAGCCUCUUGAGCAAGAGAUCGAUCCAUUACUUGUCAGGACUGGCGUUUCGCCGCUAUUUGGAAAGCUGACACCUGUUGUCUUAACACGGACUUAUAGCGAGGACGCUUCGGCACCCUCUCGGUCACAGCCAAGCGACCCUGUUCGCUCGCCUGAAUCAGCAACAGACCUGAAGGGAAAGCGCCGCCCUGGCGAACGGAGCGAGCGACUCUCGUCGAUGCGCUUUGUCGAUGAGUAUGAACAACCUGAACCUUCUCCGUGGUCUCAAAGCCCGUCGCCAUCGCCAGCCGCGAGACCAGAUCCCGCGGAAUCACCCUUCUUCACUCAAAGCACGUCAGUAGACGAGACCGCUUUCACAAAUGAUCCGCCACCGUAUGAUUACUCCGCAGAGGCAAACCAGAGCUUAAGUGCCAUAGGUGGUGAUGGAGCAAGAACAUUGGUCCACAUACCACUGAUACAACCGUCGAGAGGCCCGAUGCCUUCGACUUUGAGAUUUCCAAUUGCUGUACUCUCGUUCUUGUCACCGAUGAAUCCCUAUCCAAUGACGUUGAGAUACUCUCUUGCCUAUCUACUGCCUCACCUGGCAUGCUCAUUCUCCCUGGCUCAACAGUACAGCAAUCUUCAGGACCGUGCACGUGGGGGCAUUGCACAGAGACAUGAGGCAUCAUUCGGCCUGGGGGGUACAUUCUCUGAUGAAGGUUCCGAGUUGGAAUUGGUAGCUGAGCUAAGUGGUCAAUUGACCCAAGACAAGGAGAAAAUUCCUGUAUCGCUCCCUUCGGGAGAGCCCAGUCCACAAAUGGAGCGCAGCAGGCUGCGCGAGAGUCCAGCCUCUUCCAUCGUCAGCACUCCGCUACACGAGCAUACUGGCUUCAGCGCGGGCCUUCCACCAACCCCAGGCCGGUCAGGCGCAGAGAUCGUGGAAGGAUACUUCUCAGCAAAGCGAGCAAAAGGCGGCAAAGCCGCGACUCCGUCCGGACGGAAAUCCCUCGAAGCCGAAGCCUUCCACGAGAAGCCCGGAAGUGGCUCUAGAGCAUUGUCUAGAAGAGAGGCACCGCCCCCCAAAGGGCAUGCUGAGACUUCCGCGCCUGUAUCGCCUCGACCGGGGAGUCAGACCUCGGAGAGUGAGUUUGGCGAUGUGUCUGGAGCACUUGAUCGCUACGAACAUGGUCUGCGGAAGUCGUCAUUGCAUCGCAGCUCUAUGUCGAGAGAAGAAGGCGAAAAGCCACUACCGGACCUCAUUUCAACGCUGAUGUUGAACGCGGUACCAUUGCAGCUUUUCCUGGCGAAGCCAGGUAGCGGGGAUCUCGUGUGGACGAAUCGAAAAUUCGAUGCGUUCAGGAGUCAAGGCGAGGGACGCGUCAGAGAUCCAUGGAAGAAUGUCCACCCUGACGACCGCGGCGGCCUCAUGAAGCUUUGGGCUGACGCUCUAAAGUCUGGCAGCCAGUUCACUCAUUACAUCCGGGUCAAGCGGUUCAACAGUGAUUCGGAUUUCCGAUGGUUUGUGUUCAGAGCCAGCACCCUCCUGUCGAAUACCGGCAGGCUCCUUUACUGGAUCGGGUCGUUCCUAGAUGUCCAUGAGCAAUACAUGAAGAACCUGGAAGCAAGCGAGCGCGAGUCUUCAAUGGCCCGCGAUGCUAAGAUUCGAGCUAUGGCUGAUGCAAUUCCGCAAGUCCUCUUCGAAGCCACUGAAGGCGAGGGGAUUGUGGCUGUCAAUCAACAAUGGCACACCUUCUCCGGUCAAAACCUGGAGGAUGCUCGAGGCCUCGGCUUUGCCAGGCAUGUGCAUCGGGACGAUCUCCAUAAAUGUGGGAUUCUCUCGCCGUCAGAUGCGGCUGCUAUCAGUCGAACACCCACAGAAAGCGAUUCAGGCUCGAGUGGCUCAUCUAACAAGACUAUUGGCCAGCUACCGGUCAAGAAAAACCUGUUCUCUCCCGACUUGACAUCGUUAGACCGCAUGAUCAAGCAAGGCUCAGUCACAGAAGAGCGAGACGAAAACGGCCGUGUAUCAUAUUUGACUGAGAUUCGUUUACGCUCGAAGGGAGGCGAGUAUCGUUGGUUCCUUGUGCGGCUGGUCAGAGUUGACCCUGCCUUGCUGUCGAGUGGGCGUGCCUCCUGGUAUGGCACCUGUACCGAUAUCGAGAUCCGCAAGGCUUUGGAGCGCGAGCUGAAUCAGGCCAACGAAAAGGUUCAUUCGGAGAUGGAGUCCAAGACAAAGUUCUUCGCAAACAUGUCGCAUGAGAUUCGCACACCUCUGAAUGGUAUCUUGGGAAGCAUGCCCUGGCUGACUGAGUCUCCUCUCGAUAUCGACCAGCGACGUACGCUUGACACCAUCCAAAACAGCGCCAAUAAUCUUCGGGAGCUCGUCGACAAUAUUCUGGAUGUCACCAAAGUUGAAGCCGGCAAGAUGACAUUAUUGCCCAAAUUCUUCCAUGUGCGGACUUUGUGCGAAGAAGUAAUUGAUACUGUAUCGUCCAGGGCUAUCGAGCGUAACCUCGAACUCAACUACUCGCUCGAUGCCAACGUGCCGAUGAACGUCAAGGGCGAUCCAUUCCGUGUGCGUCAGGUUUUGCUGAAUCUGCUUGGAAAUUCUGUCAAAUUCACUGAACAAGGUGAAGUGCACAUGGCUUGCACUCUACGAGAAGACAAGGAGGUCAGUGCUACAGGUCUUCAAACUGCUUUACUCAACUUUGAGGUCGUGGACACGGGCAGAGGCUUCAAUGUUAACGAUUUCCAACGACUGUUCAAGCAGUUUGGUCAGAUUGGCAUGGGCAGUAAUCAUGAUGCUGGCUCCGGUUUGGGACUGUUCUUGUCGAAACAACUUGUCGAGAUGCACGGAGGCGAAUUAUCUGUUCGGAGUCAGGCUGGAGAGGGUUCCACGUUCAGCUUCUACAUCCGUGUCGAGCUGCCGGCACCUGGCGAGGAAGCGACCUCGCCACAACCUACGAACAGAGCUCGACAUCGGCAGAGCUCGUCAAUGAGCUCACGAUCCCAAUCCGAUACCAAAACUUCGACCAUGGUUGCUGGCAAAAUUCCUGUGGCGCCUUCGGCUGUCAUCCAGACCCCUGGCCUCUCAAGGUACAUUACUUCUCCAGAAACGCAGUCACCGGACGUAGUGCCGCCAAAUGUCGUGUCUCCAAAUAUGAUAUCGCCCCCCAUCACUUCGAGUACAUCAGCUCAGACAUCGUUCCGUUCGGAUUCUGUCAGCCAUGGUGCGACUCUAUCGCCAGCAUCAUCACUUGUACCAACACCAGAAUCUCAACGAGGCAAAGACAGCGUCUCCAAGGAUGUGCCCUAUCGACUCAAUUCUACGGAUCGACAGCUGAUGUCGGAACAGGCCUUGGCCAUGCACCCAUCUCUUCGGCGCACUCGGAGUGACAAUGAUGCUGCUAUCAUGGCUGAUCAAGCACACCCUGCCACGUAUUCAAUCGUGGUAAUCUGCCCAGCUGAACACGCACGAGCAGCCAUCAGACAACAUAUAGAGCAUGUUGUGCCUCUGCAAAUUCCCACCAAUGUCACGACAAUUGCAGACGUUGGUCAAUUCCUGGAGCUUUUCAACGGUCCAACCUCACCAACCUUUACGCACAUUGUCCUUGACAUACCUGCAUCUUCUGAUAUCAUGCUAUUCAUGCGGCAAUUAAGCAUGCAGCCUACCCCCCCAGCUCUUGUGAUCAUUACAGACCACUACCAGAAGCGCGACAUCCAAGAGGACUUUGCAGCACUCACCGCUUCUAAUCGGAAAGCCUAUCUUAUCCAUAAGCCGGUCAAGCCUUCGGUCUUCGCCAUGAUCUUUGACCCUGCCCAGCUACGCAACCUUAGCAAAGAUCGCGCCCGGGAGAUUGCGCAAACAUCGACGGACAAUUUCCGAAAUACUGCGCUUUCAGUCAAAGAGGCCAUUGGCAACAAAGGUCACCGCGUGCUGCUCGUCGAGGAUAGUGACGUGAAUCGCAAAGUGAUCUGGAAGUAUCUGCAAAAAGUGGCCUUGGAGAACGACGAGGCGCGCGACGGGCAACAGUGCGUCGACGCUGUUCUGAGCCAUCCGCCUAACUAUUACUCGUUGAUCAUCUGUGACAUACAGAUGCCCAAUAAGAACGGCUAUGAGGCAUGCAUGGAGAUCCGGCAGUGGGAGCGUGAGAGGAGCCUGAAACCGGUGCCCAUCAUGGCAUUGACGGCGAAUGCGAUGCCCGAGGAGAGGCAGGCCGCCGCUGCGGCUGGUUUCUCCGACUACAUGACCAAGCCGGUGGAAUAUGGCUUGUUGGGGACCAUGAUGGUGAGAUUGCUGGCGGAGGGAAUGGAGCACGUCUAUUUGAGGGACCGACCGCUGGAGAUUUGA